AUGUCUCAAGAAGAUAAAACCAAAGACACGUUCGUACCCACUCCCCGUUCGGGCGGCAUAUUGAAAAUCAAAAAGGAUGUCAGGGACAAAAAGAACAAGGUGCUUACGUUCAACCAAUACCAGACCAUACUGAACCGCGUGGAAGACAUGGAAAAAGACAAGUAUCGAAUGGAAAAGACCAUUGCCAAAAAUCCGCCUUUGCCCACGAUCACGCCCAUUAGGAACUUGAACUUGCCAAAGAUAUCGCAAGAAUCUCUGUUCGACAAAUGCGUGGUGGAAAACGAAGACAACGGGGAAACGCAGUGCGAGUACGAACGGUGGUUAGAGGAAACGGCGCCGGCCAAGAACGUCAACCUGGUGGACAACUUGGAAGAGGCGAUCAACUUCAUUGUCUCGUUAGCGUCCAACCCGAGUGCGGAUGUUAAGGACUUUGACGAGAUGCAAGCCAUCACGGUGGUGCAGUUCCUUAGGACAAUCAAAUCGCCAGCCGGCCAAUACGAACCGAACAACCGGCGACUGAUGGAGUACAUCGACAGGAAGGGCGAGGAAUUCAAUAGCAAAUGA